AUGCCUAAUACGAGUAGCAGUGUACCAUUCCUGCUGAGCUCGUCAAUGAAUAGUAUCCGGUCGCGGAGACCAUCAGCUUGCCUCUCUGGCUCACAGGGGUCUGGUCUGUUGCAGCAGCUGGGCUCUGGCAUGGUAAGACAGCUCUCAUCACAGCAGGUCAACGGAAGGGCAUUUCCUAGCUGCAAUGAGUUGGUUAUGACUACUUCUAAGUAUUAA